ACGAGGCGUUUAGUUAAGUAUUUGAUAUGGAAGAGAAAAAGCGCCAGAUCUUAUGAAGAAAGCGAUUUAAUUUCAAGUGUAUGAUUAGGAAAGUUGUGUAGUGUAGAAAUUUACAUACGAUAUUCACCCUCAUCCUGUCCGAUAUCAAUCAAAGUAUACAAAAUGAACGGGAUAACGCAAGGGGCUGAAUACACCAACGGAGACGCAUUGGAGGGCGACAUAGACGCCGACAUGGAACAGGAAGAAGAGCCCAUUCUGCAGCUCGAGUUCGUCGAUGACAUCCAUCAGGCUUCCAUGCUCAAGUCCCUCAACAUGAUGAGGAAGAACCGUCACUUUUCUGACGUCAUCCUUCACGUAUGUGCCUGGCUGUACAAUGAUAUCAAUUUUGCCAACUGCAUUAUGGCACAGUUGAAAGUAACUGAUACAGAAAGCAGAUCAUAUGGAUAUAAAACUUUUAGCGCUAAUAUUUGAAUCGUCGACUGUGCAAAAUGCUUGGCAAAAUUUAUUAUCGUAUACGGUCAGUUACACUACUGGGCUGCUCAAAUUCGUCAAUAUUGAAAUUAAUUAUAACCAGUAGUUGGUAAUAUGGAGCUCCAUGCACAUAGGGCAGUAUUGGCUAGUGCCUCUCCUUAUCUUUUUGAGCUGUUCACAGCUGAUCAAGAUCAAAAUCAACAGAGACUGGAAAACAUCAUCACUUACAAGUUGAAUGGGGGGUUUGAUCCACAAGCUUUGCGUGUACUCAUCGAUUAUGCUUAUACUGCUAAGCUUGUCGUCAAAUAUACUCAGGUUAAAGCUGUGUUUUUAGCAGCAUGUCACCUAAAAAUGGAGAGAGUAGUGAAAAACUGCGGAAAGCAUUUAAUAAAACACCUGUCUGUGGAUAAUUGUAUUGAAAUCAGAUCUCUGCCUGGUAUUGCCAAAAACAAAGAUUUUAUUCAACAAAUCGAUACCUUCAUCUCCAAAAACUUCUUAGAGAUAGUCAAAAGCAAUCAUCUUCUGAACCUGUACUGCGCUAAAAUUGAAGUACUGAACCAAUCAAAAGAAGAAAUGUCCUUCGUGAAUCAAAGCUCUCUAUGCCGCCUGGUACUAGAGUGGAUCAAGCGCCAAAUCAGCGACGAUUUGCUCGACAAGAACGCCCUAGUCGAAAAGACGUUCAUGCUGUACCUGGCCAUCGACAAUUCCUUGCAAGACUGUUCCAGUUUGCCCUCGGGUGACAUAAGCGACACUGAAAUCGUCCAAGAUUACAAGAAGCUGUCACUUAAGAACACAACGGUCUCGAAUAAGAUGAAGAAAAAGACUUUGAGUCAGCCCUCAAAGCCGAGAGUGUUAAUUUAUAACAGAGAGAUUGGUGAGGAGUUGGAGAACGAAGUGGAACCGGAUUGGAACUUGAUUGCGUCAGAGAGUGUGGGAGAGCACAGUUUCCUCGCUCUAGUUACUUUAGCUGGGAAAUUGGCUACCCUUUCCAUUCAAUUAAGACUGAACGUUCCUCAAACUCCAUCUCCCACUCUAACGCCCAGCACUAGUAGGUCACAGAGUGAGGAAAAGCCAGACUUGUACUGUGCCCUCACUAAUAUGUCAUCUCAGCGAUGUUCUCACGGUUGUGCCGAUUUUAAAAAUACUCUGUUGGUUUGCGGUGGAUAUGACAGGACUGAGUGUCUUCGAUCCGUCGAGCAAUAUUUUCCAGAUACAAACACGUGGAAAGUUUUACCGUCAAUGCUUGAAAGCAGAGGGAGAUUCAAGAUUACCGUGGUGAACAGUAAGGUAUAUGCCAUUGGUGGUAGUAAUGGUACUACUGAGCUGGCUUCGGUGGAAAUGCUGAAUCUAGAAGCUGGGAAAUGGGUCAAAAUGCCUCCUAUGGCCAUAGCUAGGAGCAAUAUGGGCAUAUGUCAACUAAAAGAUCUGAUUUAUUGCGUAGGUGGGUGGAACGGACAAGUAGGCCUGAAGCAAUGCGAUAUAUUCAAUCCAGAAACUCAGAAAUGGAGUACAAUGGCACCACUUAACACUGGCAGGUACCAAGCUGGUGUCGCCUCUCACAAUAACCUCGUCUACGCCAUCGGUGGUUCCGAUGCAUGGAAUUGCCUAAGUUCAGUCGAAGUCUAUAAUCCUGAGGACGAUACCUGGAAACUGUCAAAACCAAUCAUAACAGCGAGACGUGGCUGCGGCGUUGCUGUGUUCAACGGAAAGAUGUAUAUGGUAGGCGGAUCUGACGGUAACCACGCCCUCAAUACUACAGAGAUAUUCGACGAGGAGACGCAGUCGUGGUCUCUGGGACCCACCAUGACCACGGCUAGAGCCAACGUAGAAGUGGCUGUUGUAGCAGAUAGGCUCUAUGCAGUAGGUGGAUUUUCAGGAAAAACCUUCUUGAACACCAUAGAAUACCUCGACUCGAAGUCCAACGAGUGGACCACCUUCAUUCCAAAAGGCACCUGUGAAGCCAUUACGCGGCGAAAACCGCGCAGUCGCAAGAAUUCCAGAAAGAGCGUUUCCGAAGACAGUAAGAAAUCGUGCGGUAUCCCCUCUCCCACCGAAAUCAUAAAAAACUUAUUAAUUGGAAAUGCAGAAAGUAAAGAAAAUACGGGUAAUCUUUAAUUCAGACGCAAUCGAUGGCCAAUAAGUUUAGGAUAAUUAUUGUAAGGAGCAUAACUUUUAUUGUUAUAAGAACUCUAGUGUUGAACUCUUUAACUAAAUAGCGAUCGGCAGCGAUGAAGAAUACUGCCUUUGGCCGUAGAAAUUAAUCGGCAAGCGACAGUAUUCUUGAUCGUAACAGAUCCCUAUUUAGUUUACAAGUCCCACCCCUUUUUCUUUACUUUCAAGCUUCAUCGAAACCUCGAAAAUAGGAAUUUAUUAGUGGUUUCAAUUAGAACUUUGUGUCCUUAAUUUAAAUGAACGUAUUCUGAACGUCCAAAUUAAUGGUAGUCAUUUUCAAUUAGUAGUUAAAGUUAACAAUGUUAACUAUAUCCACUAAUCAUACUUCGAAAUUAGCGAGUAAUGUAAUUUUGGCCUUUGAUUAUCAUCCGUCAAGAGAAAUUGUUGGCUAGAUAUAACAGGUUUAUUGUUUUGUAAGCUAAUUAUUAAGUAUUAUCUAUGGUUACAAGUUACAACUCACUACCGCAAGAUGUAGCUAGGCUGUUCUAUUUUUUUUAGAUAUUGUAAAUGAUUGUAAACACUUAAGUAUACAGUAUAGUUGAAACCACUAAUAACACUAAUUUCGAGGUUCUCAAUAAAGCUUCAGUGUUUUUGAAUCAUUUAAUUAUUCGACAAUGUCACAGAAUUACCUAACCCUAACCAUAAAGGUGCUCGUCCUACUAGGAGGCGUGGCACGGCGCGAAUUUUUUCGCCAGGGAAGUUUGCAUCUACUUAAAUGAAAGUCCGCUCGGUUAAGCGGCGUGCCAUUCCUCAUAACUGUGCGUGCAUACUAAAAAGCACCUUAGUGGGUGUACACCUUAAAGAAGCGACACAAGCAAUUUUUUUGCGAGUUCAUAUUUUUCAUUAAACUCACCUUUAAAGGUGGGUUUAUAUGCGUCCGGCGUUUCGUCACACCAAUCAUGUUGACUGUCAUUUUUGAAGUAACCAAUCAAAUUCCGUAAAAAUCAACGGCUGAACACGCAAGACUGAUGCAUAAUAUAAACUCGCAUAAGGUGGAGUCUCAUGUAUCCGUCAUCCGUUGAUACGCUCAUCCGACGGCGUUCGAUUGGUCAUAGUGUUUUUUGGCGCCA